CUGAUUUUCUUUGGGCCCUUUUUGUUUAUGAUCCAUAUUUGGUUUCUUGAUUGAUUUUCUUGAUUAUGUGUAUUGGGUUUCAUGUGGGUUUUAGUUUCAGUUGUAUUUUGCUCUAAAUUUUGGGGUUCUACAGUCAAUUAUUGAUGUAAUCAAGAUUUUGGGGUUUGGUUGAUUUUGAUCAUGGUUUCAAAGAUGUGGGCUUUUCUUCAUUUGUUCUUCAACCUGAUCACUGUUUGCUACUGUCUACUGCAUUAACUUGCGUUUCCUGUUGUUUGAGUCUUCAGUUUGCCUUAGAACUCUCUGUUGAUGUAGAAUCUUGUGUUUUGUUCAGCAUGAUUUGGAUGCGAUUCAAAUUUAACUAGCUUGAGAACCAGUUGUUUUGUUCUUUUUACACCUUAUUUUUCACGAUUAUUGUAGUAGUAGCUGAAUUUUACAGUGUCUUUUUUGCAAAUUAUUGUUAAUCGAUGGUAUGGUAUUGAAGUUAAUGUAAGCUUUUGUUGAUUUUGCAUCUAGUUUAGCUGCUAUGGUAUUGAAUAUUAUUGCUUUUAUUGACAUAAUUCGUAGUGGAUUCUGAGAACUGUAUGGCUGAUGUUUUUCUCAUUGUCUGCUGCUGUUUUCUUCUGUGAAUGAAGGAAAAUGGACAUUAUAGCUUGAUAUCAUUUUAUUCAUUGUUUUGUUUUUCUUUCACAGAUUUCAAGGUAAUCGUUUCAAAUAUUUCAUGCUUUGACGUUGUUGGAUUGUCGCUAGAUGGGAUCCGAAGGGCCUACACCUGCGGUUACCGUCCAUGUAACAGGAUUUAAAAAGUUUCAUGGAGUUGCAGAAAAUCCAACUGAGAAAAUUGUCAGUAAUCUCCAAGAUUACAUGAAUAAAAGGGGUCUACCAAAAGGGCUCGUCCUUGGUAGUUGCACAGUUCUUGAAACUGCAGGACAAGGAGCUAUUGUUCCCUUAUACCAAACGUUACAAUCUGCCGUUAGCAGGGAUACUACUGCAUCAAAUUCAGGCACAGUCAUUUGGGUUCAUUUUGGGGUCAAUAGCGGAGCAACAAGAUUCGCUAUAGAGCAUCAAGCUGUCAACGAAGCUACAUUCCGUUGCCCUGAUGAGAUGGGGUGGAAGCCUCAGAAAGUUCCAAUUGUUCCAGCAGAUGGUGGGAUUUCACGAUUACGAGAGACUUCCCUUCCUGUUGAGGACGUCACCAAGUCAUUGGCAAAAAUGGGCUAUGAAGUGACGACCUCAGAUGAUGCUGGCCGGUUCGUCUGCAACUAUGUAUACUAUCAUUCGUUGCGUUUUGCGGAGCAGAAUGGAGUGAAAUCGCUAUUUGUACAUGUUCCUCUCUUCUUGACGAUAGACGAGGAGACGCAAAUGCGGUUUGCUGCUUCGUUGUUGGAGGUACUUGCCUCUUUACAUUAGCUUGCAACAACUCCUCAAGAAAUCUGGAUUUCUGAGAGCAUAUUUGUGUCCGGGUUGAGUUAAUGUAUGCUAAGAAUGAUAUUCAAUGUAAUGUAGUGCCUCAAUAAACAGUCAACUCUGUGUGAAUUAUAAAAUGCGUUUGUGUUCUUUUGGCUGUUGUUUGCC